GCCAGAUGAUGGAAGCUCAAGCUUUCCCAAGGCUUCCAUUCCCUCAAGCUUCUUUCUGAGCUUUCUUGGGGGUGCAAGCUUCCAUUCCAUGCCACCUAUACCCACACAUUCAUUCAUACCUAGGUGCUCCGUACCUCAGGUUUGAUUCCCCCACGAUUCCGGAGCGGCCCCGCUACAGUUGGUAACCGCCCAAACGGCAUUAUAACUGGAUGGAUGGCAGGGAUAGAUUGGUAGGCAAGCUAGCGACACACCGUUUUAUGCCAUUAGGGAACUUGGCAAGGCUUCGCCUGUAACCUGAUACCGACCCGAGUAUCACUUUGUUACCGGAUGGUCAAGUACCGCUAGUUUGAUCGUCACCCCGGAGUUACAGACUCCGGGUAAUGUUUCAGUUGCGACUAUGGAGCUGUGAGGAUGAUUCAUCUCAAAUGCCGAUUGAGUUGUAAUAUUCAAACAGGAUCCGAUAUCGUUGCCCGGAUACGGCUCUAUUCAUGAGUACGCUUCUUCAGAGUUCCGAGCAGAUCUAGUCAUGCCCUUUCUCGUCAAGUGAAGAAGUCCUCAUGCUGUGCAUCCCACAUUAGUCGUUGUUAACCACUCUUCACUACUCUCUUUCAAGUUUCUUCUAGUCGCAGGCCGACAUCUUAAUUGUUGUUCCCACCAAAGCCCAUUUGCAACUCAUAUCAGCCAAGAUGCGUUUCUCUAUCUUCACCUUGGUCGCCCUUGUCUCGGCUUCUUCAGCUUCACUUGUCCGCCGAGUCGAUGUCAAUGUUCCGGCCAUGACAAACGCAGAUGGAGUCGUUGUGCCAUUCGACACAGCUGGUGUCGUCCAGCCCGCUAAGAAGCGAGAUCUCGAGCAGAAGAAGAGAGACCUCGCCCAGCGGAAGCGACACGUUUCUCACAAGAGACGCGCGGUUUCUCAGGAGAAGCAGCAGCAGAAGCAAUAAUUAGAGAAACUGUAGAGUUGGGAACCCAUAAUGAAGUCACGGACGGAUGCCUCUCUUGAAGCAGAAGCCCGGGGGCUGAGGAAACAGACGAAUGACAACAAUAAUUGCAGUGCUUGGACUUGGCUUGUACAGAAUAGGAGAUAAGGUGCGAGAGAUGGGAGCACUGCUCACGUCGUAAGGCUGGGCCUUUUGUGGAAUCAUAAUUAUAAUCAUCAUCAUGGG